AUGAUAAGACAGAUAUAUUAUUAUAAAAAAUCAUUUCCAAUAAUAAACCAUUAUACUAAAUGUUUUCUAUCAACAUCCAGUAAUGGAAUUAAUAGUGGAAAUAUAAACAUUAAAAAUAAUCGCAAUAUAAAAAUUAAUAAUGAAGUUACAACUGACAAUGAUAAUAAUAAUAAUAAUAAUAAUAAUAAUAAUAAUAAUAAUAAUAAUAAUAAUAAUAAUAAUAAUAAUUUUUUAAAAAAUGAAAAUAUAGGAAAUAUAGAAAAUAAAAAUGAAAAUAAUAAUAAUAAUUAUAAUAAUUUAAAAAAAACCGAAUCAGUUAAAAAAGAAAUUAUAGCUAUGUUUGAAGAAGAUUUAUAUGAAAAUGAAAAUCAAAGAGAAUCAAUAUUAAAAUCAUCAGAAUUUCCAGAAAAGUCAUCAAAAGAUUGGGGAGAUAGUGUUUUAAAUUAUUCACCAUAUAUUAGAAUGAUUGGAGUUAAUAAAAUAGCAAAGAUUAUUAAUCCAUUAGAGAAAUAUUUGCUUUUAAAACCUCAAGAAUAUCGUUACAACUAUUUAUUAGAUUGCGAUAAAUGGAUUGAUAAACAAGUAAUUGAAAAACAAGUACAAUCACAACUCAUCAAUUUCUUUAAAGUUUUAAAUAAACGUGAUCAACUUGAACUAAAAGAGAUCACUUCAACUUGGUUAUUUAAAAUAUUAUCAACUUGUUCCAAUCAUUUAUCAGAAUAUGAUCAAUUAAAUGUAAACUAUCAUUUCAAUAUCACAAAUUUCAUUUCAACUCAAAGAGGUUACAUUUCAUAUUCUGCCAAUAAAAUAUUUAUAACUUUUCACUUUACUUUUAAUGGUGAUUUAGGAGUUAAUGAACAUAUUUCAGCUAUAAAAAAUUUUAAAAGCUCAAUUAUUUUUGAAUCUAUAGUACCAGAAUCACAAGAAUCAUCUGAUUUCAGGUGGAAACUUUGUUUCCUUAAUCCAUCAACAAUUUCAAUGUUAUCUGUUGAAUCUAUAAUACCAUUAUUUUUAAAAAAAUAA